CUCCUGCGCGUCUGACCUUCAUUGGAGUAACCAUGUUCGCCAGGACCAGCGCGUUAGUGUUCUCCCCACAAUGUGGGCAGGUCAGGAACAUGGCUACCCUGAAGGACAUCACCAUUCGGUUGAAGUCCAUCAAGAACAUCCAGAAAAUCACAAAAUCCAUGAAAAUGGUGGCCGCUGCAAAGUAUGCUCGUGCUGAGAGGCAGCUGAAGCCAGCUCGUGUGUAUGGAACUGGUGCUCUGGCCCUGUAUGAGAAGGCUGAUAUCAAAGCACCAGAGGAAAAGACUGCCAAGCAUCUUAUCAUUGGUGUGACCUCUGAUCGUGGGCUUUGUGGAGCAAUCCACUCUGGAGUGGCCAAGUUGAUCAAGAGUGAAAUUGCCUCCCUCAGUGGUGCAGGCAAGGAGGUCAUGGUGGUAAAUGUGGGAGACAAGCUGAGGGGUCUGCUGCAUAGAACUCAUGGAAAGCACAUUAUGCUUAACUGUAAGGAGGUGGGUCGCAAGCCUCCCAGCUUUGGGGAUGCCUCCAUUAUUGCCACUGAGCUGCUUAACUCUGGGUAUGAAUUUGACCAGGGUGCUGUCAUCUUCAACCGAUUCAGGUCUGUUAUUUCUUACAAGACAGACCAGAAGCCUGUGUUUUCCACAGACACAGUUGCUAACGCUGAGACAAUGGGCAUCUACGAUGACAUUGAUGCUGAUGUUCUGAGGAACUACCAAGAGUUUGCACUAGUGAACAUCAUCUACCUGGCCCUGAGGGAGUCAUCCUGCAGUGAGCAGAGUGCUCGUAUGACUGCUAUGGAUAGUGCCAGCAAGAAUGCUUCUGAAAUGAUUGACAAACUGACUUUGACCUUCAACCGUACCAGACAGGCUGUCAUCACCAAGGAGCUCAUUGAGAUCAUUUCUGGAGCUGCUGCUCUAUAAAUGGGAGCAAUCAACAUUUCCAGUAUCAAGUGCUCUCUUUCGUGCUUCAGACCUGUUAGAAGUUAAAUAUGUUCCAAUGUGCUUCUAUUUGUAAAAUAUACAGAGACAAUAAAUCUUACAGAAAAAAUGUCUCUUGCAUUGCAGUGUUCUAUUAGGUCAUAAUAAAUGUUAGUAAACUUUAA